AUGUGUGAAUUCACGGAGGAUCAGCCUGCUGAGUUCAAUGAGGCCUGUUUGACCCCAUGGGGGGAUGGAAAGAUCUUAUACAGCCAGUGUGGGGACGUGAUGCGGGCCUUGGGCCAGAAUCCCACCAAUGCUGAGAUGCUCAAGGUCUUAGGGAAUCCCAAGAGUGAUGAGAUGAAUGUGAAAGUGCUGGACUUUGAACACUUUCUGUCAAUGCUGCAGACCAUAGCAAAGAAUAAGGACCAAGGCACAUAUGAAGACUAUGUAGAGGGGCUUUGGGUGUUUGAUAAGGAAGGGAACGGCACAGUCAUGGGCACUGAAAUACAGCACGUCCUCAUCACUCUGGGUGAGAAGAUAACAGAGGAGGAAGUGGAAGUUAGUGGCAGGGCAUGA